AUGUUUGAGGGCCGCAAGAAGACAAUAAGCUUGCGUGCUCUCCAUACCCCCAACCUGUCUAUCAACCUUGUGUCAAUCUCACGUCUCGACGAGAAGGGCAUUUCCACUCAUAUUUCAAAGGGAGUCGCAAUUUUCUCGGAUCCAGAAGGAAGACUGUUUAUGCAAGCCAAAAGCGUGAACAGUAUGUAUUGUUUGGAUUUUGAGGGAGCCGAUGUGACUGCGCUGGCUGCCAACUCCUGGGCAAAGCCAGCUGACAGAGAGACAUGGCAUCAACAUCUCGGACACAUUGGCAACACCAGGCUUGACACCCUGAUGGCCAAGGACACAGUGCGGGGAUUGGACGUGGUCGAUGGUGAUGAACGGGGGAUGUGUGAGGACUGCAUCGCAGGCAAGCAGACCCGACGGCCUUUUGAUGGUGAACACAAGUGGGAGCGCGAGAUUGGCGAGCGUGUCUACAUGGAUUUGUGGGGUCCGGCACAAAUCACGGGGAUUGGCGGCAUGCAUUUCCUGUUCCAUGCGGUCGAUGGACAUAGCGCGGCUGUGUGGACUUUCGGCCUGAAAUCAAAGGAGGCAACAAACAUGCUGGAGGUAACGUUGACCGGAUAG